UUCAGCCCUCACACACCUGAGGAGAAACAUGUCUGCCUCCUCCUCCUCCUCCCUCCUCCUCCUCCUGCUGCUCCCUCUGGUGGUGGCCCAGACUUAUUAUUGGGGUCCCUGUCCGACCCCCCAGGUGCAGCCCAACUUCACCCUCCUACAGUACCAGGGCCGGUGGUACGAGAUCGAGAAGCUCCCCGCGUCCUUCGAGAAGGGGAAGUGCAUCGAGGCCAACUACGCCUUGAGGACCGACGGCACCAUCCAGGUCCUGAACUCCCAGUUCUAUAAAGACAAGGUCACCACGGCUGAAGGAACCGCAGUGAUUCGAGACCCGAGGGAACCGGCCAGACUCGGAGUCAGCUUCUCGUAUUUCUCGCCCUACAGCCCGUACCUGGUCCUGAGCACCGACUACAGCAGCCUGUCCGUCGUGUACUCCUGCACCAACAUCCUCAACAUCUUUCACUUCGAGUUCGCCUGGAUCCUCAGCCGGUCCCGCUUCCCGUCCCCGGAGAGUGUGGCUUACGCCAAGAAGCUGCUGCGGGACGAGGGCAUCAACCUGUACGGCAUGAAGGCCACGGAUCAGAUGGGCUGCAACUAGCACGGCCAACGAAUCCCAGUACGGCUUCCUGUGAUCUACGUCCUUCACCCAGCAUCCCCCUGCAGGCCUCAUGUUGCAACUGUUCCUCACUAGUAUAUAUAGUAUACAACUAGUUCCAUCUGCUGUGUUCAAAGUUGUUAAAAAGAUUUAAAAAGCAUAUUUAGAUCAGAUUAAAUAGAUCCUGUAACUGCUCCGUGCUUUAAUGAG